UUCAGUCAUUAAGUCAGCUACUACAGAUCUUACCAGUUAGACGUCGAGUCGACUAUUACAUAACGUUCUCGACAAUUGCACGUGCGAAAUGAAGAACUGUUUACUCACAGUUUGAGAUCAAUGAAUAUCUCUGUCUAAGCAGGCUUUUAAUAUAAAAUGUUUACUGACAUUAAGAAUUAACAAUAAAAUCGGAAAAUGAUAUGAAAUAUAUUGGUAAAAAUACACUUGAAAAUGACCGAAAUGGUGAUUUUGCACAACUAUUAACAUUGUUUUUACAAAAUACGAUUUUUAACAAACUUUGAAAUGGCUACAUUCUUAUCACCAGAAUUUGGAACGUGUGCUCCUUAAAUUAUUUUAUUGCCGUACCUUAACUUCAUUCUAACAUUUAAAUCUGUAGCUUAAUUGGUUGUAAAAUAAGCUAAAUGAUUCAAUAAAAUACUGCCUGUCUGCAAAAUAUACGUGUUCUGGGCAAGAUCAACAGCAAGCGGCCUAGCGAGAUCACGUGUAUUUCCAUCACGCGAGAGCUAGUGUACGUACUCCACUCAGAGAGUCUCGAGGAGUAAAGAUAAGAGGAUUUUAGGAACCACUGAAAAUUCUUAUCAUAAUUAGUAACAGGCUUCCGGGAUUUUAACAGCAAAAGAAAAGAAAACAGGUGAUGGAUCCUCCACCGCCAUAUGAGAGUACACCUCUGAAACAAAAAUGUGAUGAAGCACAGCAGGGUAUUUCCCCAGAAACAACACAAGACAUUUCAACCGAUACAUUUAAUUCUAAUGAUGGUGUAGACAUCUCCAUGGAUACCUUCAUCUCUAAAGAUAUUGGAGAGCAGUCGAGACAGGAAAUCAACAUUGACAUGGCAAACCAUUACGAUGAUGCCAAUGACCCUAUAAGAGUAUUUGAACCAGUUGUCCGCGUAUUUCACCGUAUAUCACCUCUACAGUUUCUCAUAUACCUUCGUUUGACACUUGAACAUCAUUAUCAGGGACACAAGACAAAACUAUGGCGAGUUUUCCUCGGAACAAUACUUAUUUUGUAUUUGGUGUAUCUCGGUCUAGCUUUCAGUUACCGAUUUGGAGAUGAAGGUUCAAUACGAUUGCUGGUUGUCACCAUACUCAUUGUUCUUGGAGUAGCUUAUCAUUACCUUAAAAAACUGUACGGUGUAUUCCUCUAUACCAAAUAUAUGAAACCACUAAUUGUGAAAUAUAGCAGAUUCAGAAGACUUUUCAGAACAAUUUUGACAUUUCUUGUUGCUGUUGCUGUAGUGUUGUUCAUCAUCAUCGAUACCUCUCUCAGACGACCAUACUCUCUCAUCAGCGCUCUUGGCAUGAUUGUCUUCACAUUGCUCAUGUUCUUCUUCUCCAAAGACCCUAGACAGGUUACGUGGCGACCUGUUCUUUGGGGCCUCCUUUUGCAAUUGAUCUUUGCUCUGAUCGUCUUGAGAACUGACUGGGGUUACUCUUGCUUCGUCUGGCUUGGUGACAGAGUGACACAGUAUCUAAAAUAUACAAACGCUGGUUCAAAAUUUGUAUUUGGGAACGAUUUUAUGGACCACUUUUUCGCCUUUUCAGUAAUGCCAGUUCUUAUAUUCUUCAGUGCCACUAUAAGUAUUCUCUACUACCUCGGUGUUAUACAAUUGCUCAUUGAAAAGAUAGCAUUUAUAAUGGAAUUCAGUUUAGGGACAGGAGCUAUGGAAUCUCUUCAUGCGGCAAUCAAUAUCUUUGUCGGCUGGGCUGAGGCUGUUACAUUGGUACGACCAUUCUUAGACAAGAUGUCACUGUCUGAGUUGCAUACUGUCAUGACCAAUGGAUUUGCAACCGUGGCUGGAAGUACACUCGCCAUUUACAUUUGGUAUGGGGCACCGGCAAACCACUUGAUAUCUGCGUCAGUGAUGUCAGCACCCGCAGCUCUAGCUAUGUCAAAACUCUUCUUCCCAGAAUCCAAAGAAAAUAGACAUCGUAUUCUUGAGCCUGUCAAAUUACAACGAAUGGGAACUGGCAUUAUUGAUGCCGCAUCAGUUGGAGCCGUAGGGGCGAUCUCUCUUGUUGCUUACAUUCUGGCAAGUGUUAUAGCAUUCUUCUCGCUGUUAGAUUUUCUCAACGCAACUCUGCAGUGGUUUGGCGACAGAGUUGGUCUGUCGCCACCUGACUACCCGCCUCUCUCGUUCGAGUUGAUAUGUUCAUAUCUGUUCUGGCCAAUUGUAUUCCUAAUUGGUGUGGCACCAGAUGAUUGUCGUAUUGUAGCCCGAAUGGUCGGAAUCAAAACAUUCAUCAACGAAUUUCUUGCGUAUGAAGACCUGGGUAAAGUGAGGCGUAAUAGACUUGAAUUUGCGAAGUAUGUGUCAGCCGGAGAUAUUUACAACUGGACGACAAAUACGAGUGGGGAUUUAGUACUCCAAGGCACAAAUAUUACAUUAACGGGAGGAAUAAUCUCGGAGCAUUCAGAGAUGAUAGCAACAUAUGCCUUGUGUGGGUUUUCCAAUAUUGUAGCCCUGGGUAUAAUGAUUGGGGCACUGAUUGCAGUUGUUCCAGACAGAAAACAAGAUAUCAUGAAUGUGGCAUUCAGGGCACUUAUUUCUGGUAGCAUGGCCUGUUUCAUGACAGCAUGUAUUUCAGGUUUACUUGGCGACAAAUGAAACAGAUGCAGCUGAUGAAAACUUUUGUCCCUACCAUUGAGAAAUCUUCAUGUCACAAAUGAUGUAAAGGACAUGAUGGAGUAGACUUUUUAGUUUAAAUUUAGUAGCUCAUUAUGAAAAAGAGUGCCUUGUUGCUUUUUAUCUGGACAUGUCUGGUUCCAUUUUGUGCUGCAAAACAACUGUGAAGACUGCUUAGUUAAUGCUGAAGAUAUAUCGAAGGAAAUGGGCGUCUGGAAUAUCCGAGUGUAUUUUUUAGAAAAGAUCUGUACAAAGGAUAUUAAAUAAACAAUAAACUGCUUUCAAA